AUGAUCACCAGAUUCCUGACCGACGUCCGCGUUACCUUCAAUCCCUUCUCCCCGCGCUCCAAGCCCGCCCGCCUCUUCCUCUCAUUAAUACCACCGAAUGCACGUGCAGAUGGCAUGAAGAUCGAGUCCAAGAUGCUGCCACGAGACAGCAAAGAGCCUGCCAGUUUGGGCGUCAAGUUCAAGGAUGGCAAGGAGAUGAACCUCGACCUCAGCAACAUGCGCAUAACACAAGUCGUCGAAGAAGUGGAUAGACAUUCACGGUCACUGGCUCGUAAAGACGAGUUGGCAGGCAAUUAA